AUGGAGGCUGGUGGAUCCAGCUAUACCGGUGGAUCUAGCGGUGCCGGAGUACGAGCUACGAGGGUAGGCAAGCCGGUGAAUUGGGUGGUAUGCCGACGAGUUCUCAGAUACCAGAGGAGGGUCGGGGAACCCUAUAGGCUAUAUUCUCCCUUUGGCCAGAUGAGUCGAUCGUGUCAGUGUCGACAUAUGUAUGGAUAUCCUGACGAGGUGGUUAUGGCUAUAGAUGACGAGCAUCGUCACCUAGGCAGGACGGUCGACACUUUGAGGGCACAGCUGGAUGAGGCCAGAGGGGGUCAAGGCCAAGUACAGCAUCUUGGAAAUCAUGAGGGAGAGAACCGUGCCUUAGAACGGUUCAAGAAGUUUCUACAGCCAAAAUUUUUAGGUGGACUUAGCCCUGAUAUAACGGAGAAUUGGUUGGAGCGAAUGUUAGACAUUUUUGCUGCAUUAGGAUAUCCGGAGGAACGGCAGAUAGCUUUCGCCUUUUUUCAAUUUGAGGGAGCGGCUCGUGCCUGGUGCAAUAUGAUUCGAGCCAAAUGGGAUAGAAAGCAAACCCCAUGGACAUGGGUGAAUUUCACUCAGUUGGUGCUGACAGACCAAAGGAGAAUUCGUCGGUUUGUCCAGGGUUUGAAUGUGGAGAUUCAAGAGGCACUGGCAGUUGCUCAAUUGGUGACUUACAGUCAAGCGAUUGAAAAGGCACAAAGAAUUGAAAGUACUAAGAGUCAAGUAAAGGCCUUUCAUGAUAAGAAAAGAAGACAACCGGAUACAAGUAGUUAUAUUGAUGGACAAAGCUCGAGGAGCGAGCCACCAUCUAAGAUGAGCCGAGGAAUAAGUGGUCCACGAUCCACAGGGAUCCUAAAUCAAGGAAAUGUUAAGAAAAGUCAGGUAGAGAGAGAGACCCAAAGGGGUACCUCACGAGGAGUUCCGACAUCAGGACCGAGAAUGGCAUGUGGAUUUUGUGGGGCUGCUAACCACAUGGAAGAUAAUUGUUGGAAGAAAGGACAAGUUUGGAAAUGCUACCGAUGUGGUAGUCCUGAGCACCUGAUUGCUCAGUGCCCUCACCUGCCAAAAGAAGGAAAUUUGCCGAGGGCAGAAGGGAACAUGUCUAAGUCGACCAAUGCCACGGGUAAUCGACCAAAAGUGCCGGCAAGAACCUAUGCAAUGGGACAUCAAGAGGUGAUAGACCCAUUGGCAAUCAUCGAAGGUAUCCCCUAUCUUCCAUCGUAUUGA